GUGGCGUUCCUCACGAACCGGUGCUUUACACUAGUACGUUCAGGCCCAGUCAAAACAAUGCAGCUUAAAUGGCGUCUACAAUUUUACAAUAACUAACAGCUCCCGUCGACCUCUCCAUUCUUUGCUGGUGUUGUAUUUUGGGGGCAGCUUUAUUCACCUGUUCGCCGUGGUUUGCUACGUUGUUGGCUGUCUGGGUUCGUGCUAGUCCUGCGGUUAUUUUUGUUCGCCGGAGAUGGAGGCGGCUAGCGGGCGGCUGGUGUUGUGUAGAGAGGGGAGCGGCUGAAAGCAGCAGAGAGUUUAACAGACAGCUGUGCACAUCGGAGGGCGGGAAGAGGGAGUUGCAAUUAAAAAGAACGCCUUUCAUUACCCCCUGGUUGCCAUGGUGGAGUAGGUUCGAGUCCCGUCAUGGCUCCGUGCUCUGUGGUGGCGGCCUGCCGCAGCCUGGCCCUUUCUACGUGGCUGCUGUCCUUCUGCUUCGUACACCUGCUAUGCCUCGACUUCACCGUGGCCGAGCGUGAGGAGUGGUAUACGGCCUUUGUCAACAUAACCUACGUGGAGCCCGCCACCAAGAUUGUCCGUACUGACAAAACCGAAUGCGGCCGCUACGGGGAGCAUUCGCCAAAGCGGGACGCCAAGGGGGUGGUGGUCCUGCCCGCCGCCCCGCACGACCGCCAGGCCUGCAACUCCAGCACCUCGUUCUCGGCACCGGCCCAUGCCGGGGCCUGGGUGGCUCUGAUCGCCCGGGGCAACUGCACCUACAAGGACAAGAUCCGGCACGCCGCCGAGAACAACGCUUCGGCCGUGGUGAUCUUUAAUGUGGGCUCCGCUAUUGCCAACGACACCAUCACCAUGCCUCAUCCAGGCACUGGCGAGGUGGUGGCUAUCAUGAUCCCGGAGCUCAAAGGUCGCGAGGUGGUGGCGCUGCUGGAGCGCAACGUGACGGUCACCAUGACGAUCACCAUCGGAACAAGGAACCUGCAGAAGUAUGUGAGCAGGACAUCGGUAGUGUUCGUGUCCAUCUCCUUCAUCGUGCUGAUGAUCAUCUCACUGGCCUGGCUGGUCUUCUAUUACAUCCAGAGGUUCCGAUACGCAAAUGCACGUGACCGCAACCAGCGGCGCCUUGGUGACGCCGCAAAGAAGGCCAUCAGCAAGCUGCAGGUGCGCACCAUCAGAAAGGGUGACCAGGAGACUGAGGCUGACUUUGACAACUGCGCAGUUUGUAUUGAAGGCUACAAGGCCAAUGAUGUGGUCCGCGUCCUGCCUUGCAGACAUUUGUUCCACAAGCACUGUGUGGACCCAUGGCUGUUGGACCAUCGCACAUGUCCCAUGUGCAAGAUGAACAUCCUGAAGGCGCUCGGCAUCGCUCUGAACGCAGACUGUCUGGAUGACCUGACGUUGGACUACGACUUGGCCCUGGGUGGCGUGGCUGGGGUUGGCAUGGGUGGUGUCGGGGCCUUGGCACUGGAGGCUGUGGUUUCUGGGGCGUCCAGUGAUGGCACACUAAGCGAGGGCGGCUCCUCUGUGGUGUUGGACCCCGGGAUGCGACGAAUGGGACUGCCGCAGGACUACCAGGACCCCGACACCCUAAGGGACAGUCCUGUGACCGCCACUACCGGCACGCUCACAGGUGAGCUCCAGCCGAUGGCGAGUAGUGCUUCCGUGGCAUCGCUGGUCAUCGCUGUGGAAACUCGUCUAUCAGAUGAGGAGGGGCUCAUGGAACAGCCCCAGAUUGGGGACAAGUCUUGAGAGUUCAUGGCGAUGCCAUCGCAAGAGACAACAGAGAGGCGUUCUGUAAAUAUGAGAACGUGUUGGGGCACAGCCGCCGAGACGGAUAAAGAUUGUCAUCUAUUUUGAUACCAGAAAAGACGUUUAUUUUUGUAACGCUCACAACCAGCAGCCAAGACUGACUGACCCCUGCCUCACCCCAGUCCUCCCCCUUGCAGCAGUGCUGGUCGUCAGCACGGUUCUGUCAUGUUCUUGUACAUAUUGAACAGCAUGAGGCUGACCUUGUUUGGGGGGGGAAUUGAUCACUUUUGGGAUGAAUAUGUAAUGCGCUAAAUGUUUUGCCUGGCUGUCUUGUUUUAAUUCUCUUUCAGAACAUUUUAAAUGUCGAUUAUUUCACAUGUCCUGGACUGAACUUGCAUCCAAAAUAAAAAAAAACUACCAUUGGUUGUGUGAAGUGUACAGUAGACAUGAUGCCUUUCAAUUGUACACUCUGGAAAUAUGUUCUUCCUUACUUUCUUGGGUCAAAUGAACAAUAUGUUUUUUUGUUGAGAGCUGGGAAAUGCAAGCUUUGUUUUUCCAUUGUCCCUUCAACAUUUAAAGUUCUUCCUAAAAAUGCUGGCAAGCUUUCAGUUCACCAUCUCAGUGGAGUACCCUAUACAUUUUAUUUUAGCACUGUAGUAGUAUAUGAUAAUAAUGAUGCACUGUCAUGGCCUCUUCUGGGAAUGGUGUUUUAAUUAAACCUAUCUCUGUUGUGUUGUAAACUUUUGUUUUCUCAUCCAGUUUGGGAUUAGGGAGGACCAAAAAGACACAAACAGAAAAAGUGUAAUCUUUCACAUUUCACCACACAAUAAAACUACAGCGAUUUUGCAGCUCCACAUCAGCCAUAAAGAUGGAACAGUAAUAAAGGUUUGU